AUGGCGGCGGUGGUGGCUGCCACGGCGCUGAAGGGCCGGGGGGCGAGGAAUGCCCGCGUCCUCCGGGGGAUUCUCGCAGGAGCCACAGCCAACAAAGCUGCCCAGAACAGGGCCCGGGCGCUGCAAAGCCACAGCUCCCCCGAGUGCAAGGAAGAGCCGGAGCCCCUGCCUCCCGAGCUGGAGUACAUCCCCAGGAAGAAGGCCAAGAACCCCAUGAAAGCGGUGGGAGUCGCCUGGUACAGCCUGUACACCCGCACCUGGCUGGGGUACCUCUUCUACCGGCAGCAGCUGCGCAGGGCCCGGAGCCGCUACCCCAAAGGCCAUUCCAGGACGCAGCCCCGGCUCUUCAACGGAGUGAAGGUGCUUCCCAUCCCCGUCCUGUCGGACAACUACAGCUACCUCAUCAUCGACACGCAGGCCCGGCUGGCUGUGGCUGUGGACCCUUCCGACCCCCAGGCCGUGCAGGCUUCCAUUGAGAAGGAAGGUGUGACCUUGGUUGCCAUCCUCUGCACCCACAAACACUGGGACCACAGCGGAGGGAACCGUGACCUCAGCCGGCGGCACCAGGACUGUCGGGUGUACGGGAGCCCCCAGGACGGCAUCCCCUACCUCACCCAUCCCCUGUGUCAUCAGGACGUGGUGAGCGUGGGACGGCUUCAGAUCCGGGCGCUGGCCACCCCUGGCCACACACAAGGCCAUCUGGUCUACUUGCUGGAUGGGGAGCCCUACAAGGGUCCUUCCUGCCUCUUUUCGGGGGACCUGCUCUUCCUCUCUGGCUGUGGACGGACCUUUGAGGGCACUGCAGAGACCAUGCUGAGCUCGCUGGACACUGUGCUGGGGCUGGAAGAUGACACUCUGCUGUGGCCUGGCCACGAGUACGCGGAGGAGAACCUGGGCUUCGCGGGCGUGGUGGAGCCCGAGAACCUGGCCCGGGAGAGGAAGAUGCAGUGGGUGCAGAGGCAGCGGAUGGAGCGCAAGAGCACGUGCCCGUCCACGCUGGGCGAGGAGCGCUCCUACAACCCGUUCCUGCGGACCCACUGCCUGGAGCUGCAGGAGGCCGUGGGGCCGGGCCCGGGCCCCUCCGAGGACGCCGGCUGCUCCCGGGCCGAGCUCCUGGAGAAGCUGCGGCGGCUGAAGGACCUGCACAAGAGCAAGUGA